AUGGAGCCUGCCCGAGUCUCCAGCACGAACCCGUUUAUUAUUCGCCUUGAGGACACCGACCAGACACGAUUCGUCCAUGAUGCGGAGUCACGUCUGUAUCAAGAUAUGCAGUGGGCUGGCCUGACCUGGGCUGAAGGUCCCGACAAGGGAGGGCCUUUUGGCCCGUACAAGCAAUCUGAACGACUUGAACUGUACAGGAACCAUGUGGACGUGCUCUUGGAAAAAGACCGUGCUUUCCGUUGUUUCUGCACAAAGGAGGACCUCGAGUUCAACCUACAGCAAGCCACCUCCAGCGGCGCCACGGCUCAUUACCCCGGCACAUGCAUGGGCAUAUCGAAGUCUGAGUCUGACAGGCGAGCUGCAAACGGCGAGCCGCACGUCGUACGGUUCAAGACAUCCGACGUCCCGGUAUCUGCGCCAGACCUGGUCUACGGCGCUUACAAGAAGGCCGAGCGCGAGGACAACUUCAUCAUCAUGAAGAGCGAUGGCUUCCCCACCUACCACUUCGCGAACGUAGUGGACGACCAUUUCAUGGAGAUAACUCACGUCAUACGUGGUGCCGAGUGGCUCAUAUCAACCCCCAAGCACGUCGAGCUAUACAACGCAUUCGGUUGGCAACCCCCUAAUUUUGCACACGUAGGCCUGCUUGUGGACCAUCAACGGCAAAAGCUAAGCAAGAGGGACAUUGAUAAUAUCGGGAUAUCGGUCUUCCGUGACAACAACAUCAUGCCUGAGACCCUGCUCAAUUUCUCGGUCUUGCUUGGCUGGGAUCCUAGCCUGCAAAAUCGGCCACAUCUGGACAAGAGGGGAAGAAUGACACUGGAGGAGAUGAAGCAAAAUUUCACACGAGGAGACAUAGUAGUCGAUCUGGCGAAGCUCAAGUUCUUCCAGAGUCGAUUCACACGUGAAUUGAUAAGUGGUGACAUACCGGAUCCUAUCACCCUGAGUAACCGGAUCCUCAAGCCAAUACAAUCUGAGCUGGAGCGGCUCAAACAGGACUUGUCCAAAGGUUCGGUAUCGGAAGCCGUGGCGGAAGUCGUUGGAGACAAACCCGAAAAGCGCAUAGAUAUGAAGCGCCAACCGGAGGAGCUCACGGAGAAAUAUAUCCACGAGGUCCUCAAAGCUUCGAAAGGCCCUGUGGGCAAUCAUCGGCAGUUCAUUAGUGAUAACCUGUAUGCUUUCUGGCCACCGUCGACCCCGGCUUACAAGAGCAGCUUCAUGGAGUUGCAAACCGGUAUGAACCGCAUUAAAAUGAUGCAAAAAACUAAGAAAAUCUUGAACAUGGACAUUUCCAAGGUACUACUGCAGCUCAGGAAUCUACUGGACGAGCUGUCAGAAGACAAGUGGACUUUGGAGAAUGUCGGCACCAAGGCCAAGGAACUUGCUGACUCUGUCACGUAUUACAACACUGAGAAAGAUCACAUCAUGGAUAACGGCGCUGGAUGGAAGUUUCUACGGUGGGGUCUCCUCGUUGGGAUGCCUGGGCUGUCGGUCGUCCCUGUGAUGGUGCUCCUGGGCCGUGAAGAAUCGCUCCGGCGCCUCAGAGUAGCGCGCAAGGCUGCCGCAGACGAAGAAGGAAAGCUCGCGGCUGAGGCUAGCAGGGCAGCAAAGCAACGAAAGCGCGAGCUUCUACAAGCCAGAUACAUGGGGGGCCCAACGGACGGAUAUCGCGAAACGCCCGAGGAAAAGGUGAGCGAGCCUCGGAAUGUGAAGAUACGGCUCCACGAAGAUGAGUCGACGUUUACCCCGAAGAAAGCUGAGAAGUUCUUAAGGCCGAUACACCCUGAGUCAUCCGUACCAGAGCUAGGACCUUUCGUGUCUCAGCCGCCGCCAGAGAGAGUCCCCGACCAAGACAAGAAAAGACGGCCGCCCAGUCAGUUCAUCAGCCCCAAGGCCUUCAAGGAUGGCUACUACCGCCUCUCGGACGGGAGACAGUCCGAUUCUCCCCACGCUCCUCCUUCAGAGAAGCGCAUUGAGAAGCGGCCGAGGACUCAGCCGGCCAGCGACUCAUGGCCAGCAGUCGAAGAGGGAGCUUUUGGAAAAGAGGCCAGCGUUAGUAGGCCUGAGAGUCUUAACACACGAACAGCCACACAUCACCCGACAGACAGACCUGGCCAGAUGUCAAGACCAAGGCCUACUGAAAACAAGCGUGUCCCGCCUAUCCAUGUUGAAAAUGAGGAUUUCCCGCCCGUUCCUUUCCAGACACGCAUGUCUGCCGAUGAAGUCGAAGCCCACUUGAAGAGUCUGAUGGCUUUGCAGAAUGAGACGAGGAUGAGACAGGCCUUGAACUCGGUACCAAACCGACUCAAGAGGCCUACGCGUGGCGAUAUUCCCAGUGAUAUCCGCGAUACGGCUGGGCCUUUUUAUUGCGGCGAGCCUGUGCCUCAUCCACUCAGAAGCCAGGCGCAUAGUGCCAGAGUUGGCGCUGGGAUGGCCGAAGUUGAGCAAAAGUUGGGUCGGUCCUGGGCCAAGCCCGGAGACUCAAAUGGUACUAAAAAGCCGAACGGUUCACAGCAAUGA